AGCCAUUAAAAGAUCUCGUUAAUGCGCUUGAAUUUAAUAUUCAAACCACACGUACUAAUUCUGUGUAAGUCAAACCAAUUUUGUAUUUCAAGAAAUAUUUUAAUAUGCAUUUUAUGGACGCAAAUUCACUCCUUCAAAAUACGGGCACUUAGUAGGCAGCCUAUCCAGGCUGUGCUCGUACGGCGCCAUUUUCACUGGGAGGGUAUGAUAACAGAAUCACACUGCCAACGUGCACUAUUAAGGGCCCUAGAAAUCUGUUUUACGAAGUGAUAUAAAAUAUGGAUUCGGCGUCGACCAGCUCUAAACUCAUCUAUAAAAUGUCUAAUGAGGAUAUCACAAAACUGAUACAGCUGCGGUCGAGCAACUCGGCGCUUUUUGACGGGAGGAAAAAUUCGUCUAAAACAGCCUGGAGUGCAAUACUCCGAGAAAUGGGGCUUGAGGAAAGGAUUACAACUGAGCAGAUUGCCAAAAAGUGGGAAAACCUGAAGGCAAGAUAUAAGGAUGCAAAAUAUCCUCCCACCGGUGUGGAGAAGAACCCCACCUGCUGGAAAUGGUUCAAUCUCAUGGAUGAUGCUCUGGGUGAAGAGUUUGAUGAAAAGAUCAGCCAGCAAGUGAUCACAUCAGAAGCUAACGAUGAUAAUGCACCUCAUCCUAGUAAGAGGCUACGCCAGAUUAAAGUCGGAGGGGAAAUAUUGGAAUUCUUGGAAGAGGAAGGAACUUCGGGGAAUGUGCCGCCGGCCUCCAGACCGCAUCUGGCUAAGCGGGCAAGACAAAAAGGCAAGCAGACGACAGAAAGUCACCCAUUGGACAUCAUGAGAACCAAACUUCAAAGAGAAAGACAGCUUCUAGAAAAGGAGCUCGGAGGCCUGGACCGAGAAAAAGCCCUUCUAGAGCGGGAAAGGGCCCUUGUUGAUCGGGAAAGAGCGGCGCUUCAGCGGGACAGAGCCCAGGUAGAGAAGGACAAAGCUGCGGUUAACAGAGACAAAGUGUCUUUGGAACAGGACCGAGCCCGACUGCAGAAAGACAGAGAAGCUUUGGCGAGGGACAGAGUGGCCCUUGAAAGAGACAGAAGGUCGGCGCAUAUCACGAAUCACGUGAAAAGCAGUUCAGGAUGCAACGGGCUGGACUGUCCACAUGAAAAGAACAGAGAAAGAUUAAUAUUCUUACUAGAAAGGGUGAUUGAAAAAGUCUGAAGCAGAUCUGAGAAGAGGGCAAACCUCAGGGAAAAACAGAUACUGCGAUGAGUUGAUUGGAUUGUCUGAACAAUCCUUGGGUUGUUGUCUGAAGAUAUAUUUAAAUGGCAAAAUUUUGCUUAAAUUAAAAUUAUAAAUUUUUUGUUGUUGUAUAUUUCGAUCCAAAAUCGAAUGCAUUUGUCGAAUGCACAGUCUAUAAUAGAUUCCACAUACAUUAAGAGAGUGCACAAGGGCCCCUAAACUUAAAUGUUUUUGAGAUUUGUUUACUGAUUUGUAAAUGUUGAAAGAAACAUGGAGUGUGAUGCUUUAUUACUGAAAUGAUGUACAAUAACCGUGUCUGUAAGUAAAGAAUACCAUUUGUGCCACACAA